CCUGGUGGUGUCGCGCGCUCAUAACGCCAUACGCAGGGGCCUUACGGCCUACAAGAACGUGAUGACGAAAAACGUUCUCUCUCUGCCGCAUCUCCUGCGAGAAUGAAGACCAUUCUCAGCAAUCAGACUGUCGACAUUCCAGAAAAUGUCGACAUCACUCUGAAGGGACGCACAGUUAUUGUGAAGGGACCCAGAGGAACCCUGCGAAGGGACUUCAAUCACAUCAAUGUAGAGCUCAGUCUUCUUGGAAAGAAAAAGAAGAGGCUCCGAGUUGACAAAUGGUGGGGAAAUAGAAAAGAGCUGGCUACUGUUCGCACUAUCUGUAGUCAUGUACAGAACAUGAUCAAGGGUGUUACACUGGGCUUCCGUUACAAGAUGAGGUCUGUGUAUGCUCACUUCCCCAUCAACGUUGUUAUUCAGGAGAAUGGUUCUCUUGUUGAAAUCCGAAAUUUCUUGGGUGAGAAAUACAUCCGCAGGGUUCGGAUGAGGCCAGGUGUUGCUUGUUCUGUAUCUCAAGCCCAAAAAGAUGAGUUAAUUCUUGAAGGAAAUGACAUUGAACUUGUAUCGAACUCAGCUGCUUUGAUUCAGCAAGCCACAACCGUUAAAAACAAGGAUAUCAGAAAAUUUUUGGAUGGUAUCUAUGUUUCUGAAAAAGGAACAGUUCAGCAGGCUGAUGAAUAAGAUCUGAGUUGUCAUCUACAGAAACAGCAAAAGAUGCCGGAUGAUUUUUCAGACUUGUGAUAUUUUAAAUAUGCAAUAAAAGCUAUACCGAUUUGGG